CUGGGAAAGUUCAGCGAUUUUGUUUUUCCAGACAAGAACGACGAAUCGGAAGGAAUUCCAAUUUUGGCCCGCGGUCUUCACCAAUUCCCGUUCACUUUUGAGUUACCACAGACAACACUGCCAUGUUCGCUGGAAAGUCGGCACGGAACCAUCCGAUACUAUAUCAAGGUGAUAAUCGACAUUCCAUACGCAUCCUCACCUCAAGGCAUUAAGUACUUCACCAUUAUUGGGCCUCAUCUCGAUUGCAUGGAAGAAAAGUACCUUAGCUCCCUGUCUGGGCAAGACCGUAAGACGACGUGUUGUUGGUGCUGCAGACGGGGAGCGUUGGCCUUACGGGUCGUACUCGAUAGGACGGCAUACGUUUGUGGAGAGAACAUUCGUGUACGUGCACAGGUAGAAAACCGGCAGUCAUCACAACAAAUGAUCUCGAUUCGACUUAUUCAACAUGUGGAGUUCUUUAUCGAUAAAGGUGUCCUCGGUGAAAGCAAAAUGCUCACAUGCGUCGUCUUCGAACAC